CCCAAAUUUCGAACAUUUGCCGCCGAAAACACGACCAUCACUCUCUGCACUCAUUUUAUCAUCUCUCUUCCUAAUCAGAUCCAUCAACACAAACCCUAGCUCUUCGUCACUUUGCUAACCGAUCUCUUCUCUCAUGGAGAACGACGACGAUUACCAGUCCUUCUCACCUCCCGAAGAGCCCUCGCCUCCGAUCUACCCGCGGAAGCUCAAGCGCUUGAAGAAAGCGACCAAAGUCUCGAAUGAACCUCCGCCGGAAACUGAAUACCCGGACAUUCCGAUGCCACUAGUUGAUCCUUUCAAAUCUCAACGGUUGGAAUUCCCAGAUUCCGAGGAGUUGGGUGAGCCUCUACGAUCUCAGUUGCCUUCCACCGAGGGUUUUGAUGUGGAGGAUGGGUUGAAUUCUGGAAGUAGUCGAUUGCAUUUUGGAGUAGAUCGGGAAGAAACUAAGAGAGCUUUGGAUUUUAAUGAUGGGACCGAUGGAUUUUGGGAAAGGUCUGAGCAAAAUUCUGGAAAUAAAGAAGUGCUCUCUGAUUUGAAGAUGGGAGGAUCCGAGAAGAAGCGGCUUGAUGGAGCAGAAUCGAUUGGAAGUAACGAGAAGAAAAAAAAGAGAGCUAAGAGUCUUGGAGAUGAUGCCAAACCCAGAAUUACAUCUUCCUCCAACAAGAGGAGAGAAACAAAGGAAAGAAGAACUUAUCUACAGCAGCUUCAUGUUGAGUCUCAGAGAUUAUUGCGAGAAACUAGAGAUGCCACCUUUAAACCUUUACCAAUUGUACAAAAACCUAUAUCCUUGGUUCUGGAGAAGAUUCGGCAAAGGAAGCUGGAGAUGUUGAAGAAAACUGCUAGUCUAAAUAGUAUCUUCUCUAAUGACGAGAGCAAUGAUUCUUUAAAAGAGGGUGUGCUGCUUCAUCACUCAGAGACUGAAACAAGAGAAGUUGAAAAUUUUACAGAAGUGAUGCAAGAGGAGGCAACUGAAUGUCAUAUGGAAGUAGAGAAUAAUGUUGAUGCUUGUCACAAGAGUGAGUCUAAGGAAGCUGGAGCACAAUCAAGUCAUAGAGAUACUCCAUGUCAUAAGGGUACUUUGCCACGAAUUAUAAGUCAGGCCUUGGAUGAGCAAACGAUGCAUUCAUUCCGACCUCCAGUCAAUAAUACUCAGGAUCUAUUUGAUGAUUCCCAGACAAGUCAGGACAAUGACAAGAUGUCUAAUGACCAGAAUGAUUGUCCGUUAGAAGAAGUUUUAGCACCAUCAAUACUUGCAAUGAAAUUGAAGUUUGAUUCUGCCCCUUGUGAUGACAUAUAUUCUGAUGAAGAGGAUAAUGAUAAGGAGAACACUGAUCCAAGCUUAGAUAAAGCUGAUAAUGGAUGCUCUUCUCAAAAUGGUGAUCCUGUUAAAGCUUUUGUUGACGAGGAAGCUGAGGAAGAAGAUGAUAGUGACAAUGACUUAUUGCGCUUCCAAGAAAAUGAAGAAGAAGACGACAUUGAAAGCUUUGAGGAAUUUAAUGAUCUGAUAGCAACUGAGUGUGAAGAGAAGCCAGUUGAUAAUGAAAAACGCACUGAACUCCAUCAGAAGUGGCUGGAGCAACAGGAUGCAGUUGGAACAGAGAAUCUUUUGCAGAGACUGAAAUAUGGCUCAAAACUAAGAGACACAACUUUGGUUGCUGAAGAGGAAGAAGACGACGAAGAUGAAGAAGAUUUUAGUGACGAAGCUGCUGAAGAUCCUGUAAAAACAAAUGUAGUUCGUCUAAAUUCAAGAAUCGCAAAGCAAAUGAUUCCUCAGAUGUUUUCUGAUAAAAAUGAGGGCUAUUUAUCAUCUGAUGGUGAAGAGACAGAAAAGAGGCUUCUCAAAGAACGCCUCCUUGGCAAAGCGGAAGAGCAAGGCAAACUGUUGUCUCCUGUUGAGGAUGAGAAUUCGAGAGAAGUCUUUGGCCUCAUAAAGAAGUUGAACACCUUUCCGGAUGCAAAGAAGAAAGAAAAAACAUCAUCUUAUUUUGAUAAGAUGCUUAGAGGAAGAAAAAACAUUUACUCUUCAAAGUCGUCUUUCCUUGGCCGUGCACCAAGCCAUUCGCUUCCUUCAUCUUACAAGCAAGGGGCAAGCGCUGUUCGAUCUUUUGUUUUUGGACGGGAUGACAGUAACAGCAGGAGCUCAAUCUCACUGUCGGAGGAUUCUUCUGAUGUGAUUUCACGAGAAAACCGGCCAACAAGGAAUGGCACGGCUAAGUUUAGUAGCUCGCAGUCCAAACGUAGUGCCCAAAGCUCUGAGAGUAAGAGUGCGGCUGAAACAUCCACUGGCACUUCACUAUUUGAGAUAUUGAAGCGAUCAUCAGUGCAGUCCAAUGGGUGCAACCAAGAAGGUUUGGUUGGCCUAACUCAAACCGUAUUUGCUGCUUUUAAAGUUCCAAAGAAACCCAUAAAGAUUGAAGGAAGAAACUAAAGGCAAAGAGGAAUGAAUAGCAUUAUUUCUUGCCCCAAGUGAGGAUGUUUUAGUUUAAAGAAUCUUUUCAACUUUGCCAAUUUUAUGUUCUUGCUGAGGAGUGAGGGGGACUGAAGCUUACAGGUACUUUUGAGUGUCACGGGGGACAGCCAUAACCAUAUAUGUUUAGACAGUGAGCUGUCAUGGGGCAUUACGGUGCCGCUUGUGACAAGAGCUCACUAGAUCUUGCCGUCCCAUUGCAAAAGUUGAAUUCAUUUUUCAGUUUCUUAUUCAAGCAAAAAUUUCAUUAUACUCCAACAAUUUGAUAAACAAUGUCAAUUCUUAUAAAUUGACCGUGUAC